AUGAAUCUCGCCGAUGAGAAUGGUAUUGAGUAUCCUGAGUAUGCUCAGUCACUUCUGGUGGAUUCAUCCUGCAAUAGUACCGAUGUUGGUCUUGAAGAGUGCCGCCGGGAUGAUAAGUUUUAUGCUUCGGGCUGCAACUGUGAUAUCACUUCCCAGGAGAAAACCAUUGCUGGUGUGAUCAAUAAGUGGAUGCACGGUGUCGAUAGCGGGAAGCUUUGUCACACAGAAUGCUUGCGCAUCACACUUGGUGAACCCUACUCUGCAUGGCUGAAUGUCGGCUCCAAGGACGGCUCCAACGCAAACGCUUGCUGUGGUACCCGCUUGAACUUUGAUCAUUGUAUCUCGGGCGGCAACAACGACAUUUAA